AUUGAUCAGUAGACAUAAUGAGCAACCAGCGGCCCCCUUCUGCUCGCCCUAGCUCAAGGAGCGGGGUCGGCUCUAUACCGAACAGGCCUCCAAGUGGAAUCCGUCCUCUCCCCACCGCAAGUAGGAUGGCAACUGGAGUGCUGCCCACUACUGCCAGGCCUGGGACACGCGGUGGUCCGGUUGCUGCAGGUGUUCUGUCUGCUCAGAUAAAGGUAGCAGAUCGCCCCGUUACCCAGCAAGGCUUGAGUGGAAUGAAAACUGGAAUGAAAGGUCCCCAAAGACAGAUUUUGGAUAAAUCCUAUUUCCUUGGCCUUCUUCGGAGCAAAGUCAGUGAGCUUACUGCAGAAAUGAGCAAACUGAAAAAAGAGAUUGACACAUAUAACCAGGAAAACUCUGUAUAUCUUUCCUACGAGAAAAGAGCUGAAGCACUUGCUCUUGAAAUCAAGGAACAACAAGGACAGCUGGCAGACUAUAACAUGCUGGUGGACAAGCUGAAUACCAACACUGAUAUGGAAGAAGUAUUGAAUGAUUAUAAUAUGCUAAAAUCCCAGAAUGAUCGAGAAGAACAAAGCAUAGACGUUAUCUUCACGGAACGAAAAGCGAAAGAAGCUCACAUUCGCAGGGUGGAAGAAGAUAUUGACAACGAGAAACAAGCAGCUGAGGGUAUAAUCAGAAACUUGUCUGAGGAAAAACAGUCCAUGUACCUUGACAUGAAAGUAAAGAAUGAACAGCUCUUAAAGGAGCUAGAUAUUCAGCAAAAUGAACUGGAUUCGCUCAACGCAAAAAAACAGGCUCUGGAGAAUGAUGUUGCACAUUCACAUGUUAAGCAAGAGGCAGUCCAUUUGUACGAGAAGCUUUUUGAGUUAGAGUCUCGACGGGACCAAACUAUUGCUGAGGAUAAAAGCAUGGGAUCGCCACAAGAAGAAAGAGAGAAGUUACUUAAACAGGUGAAAGAAGACAAUCUGGAAAUAGCAAGCAUGGAGCGACAGUUAACCGAUAUGAAGGAAAAGGCUAAGCAUCUCAGUGAAGAACUAGGAAGGCUAGAUAUGGACUUGGAAGAGCACCAAGGUGAGAAGAAACAAAAAUACAUGGAGUUGAGGAAGAGAGAAGAGAGCAUGGACAGUUUUUUCGAAACUUUUGAAGAAAACAAGAAUCGGGAGCUCGAGAGGAAGACUGAUCUAGAGGCAAACAAUGUGACUCUACUGGAACACAUGAGCAGGAAUUUGAAUAGAAUGAAGCAAAUCUCAUCAGUGACUGCUCAGGACCUUAAGAUUAUCCAAGAAGACCUUAAUUUUAAGGAGACUGAGAUGAACAAAUCGCAGAGUACUGCCAAAAAUCUAACAUCUGAGAGUCAACGUUUGCAACAAGAUCUCCAGAAAGUAGAGCAACUAGAAUCAAAAAUAAAUAAUGAACUAACAUCCCUGAAGGAAAAUAUUAAGCAAAUGUCGGAAGAUUUAGCAACAUACAGUAAUCUGGAUGGUCUAAGAGCAUCCGCAGAAGAGAAGAAAAAGAAACUUCAAGAAGACAAAAAAAGCUUAACCUUGCGCAAAGACACCUUUAAGAAAACACUGGAGCAGUUGAAUUCUGAAUACGAAAAACUGAAGACUCAGCUCCAGGAGAAUGAAACCCAUUCUCAGCUAACAAACCUGGAAAGAAAAUGGCAACACCAUGAGCAAAAUAAUUUUGUGAUGAAAGAAUUUAUAGCUGCAAAGAGCCAGGAGAGCGACUACAAGCAAGUGAUGAAUACUGUCUCUAAACAGAUUGCAGAAUACAAUAAAACUCUUAUAGACACUCUGCAGAACUUUAGAAAGUAAAUCCAGGCCGUGGCGACCAACCAGCAAAUAUCCAGACAUACUGUCCACAAAACGAAGCUAUAAUCACAUUUGUCAUUGUAUCAUGGAAAAUAAAAUUCUUAAAUAUUUUUA